AUGGCUAGAAGGGAUCCAGCUUUUGUAAAAACAAAAAAUAAAAUGUCAGAUUUUAACUUUCCGAAUUAUCGUAACAGGAUAAUUAGGUUAAUGUUAUGAAAAUGGUUUAGAGUUAGAUUAAAUGCAACAACAACCCCCAAAAAAUAUUAUACUUUUUGACGUUAAUUUGAUCAAAAACUAGAUCCCUUUGACCGACUGGAACAUGUUGUUGAAGGGACGUUUAGGUUCGAAGGAAUUGGCUCAGAGCUCCUGUCACUCUUCAGCAUCAUCUUGUUGUGAAAACGAAAUGACAAAACUAACUAAAGUAUAGCUAAAACAGAUCCAUUUUCAUUUCGCUAUUUUAUCAGCUUGAGAUAUUAUAUCAGUCGGAACGCAGAAUUUAAUACUAAGUGUAUAUCAAUACGUCAUUCUUCAGUUGUAUUCAAUGGAAAAACGGAAUGGCCACCACGGCGAGAAUGAACCGGAGACCGGGGAAAACGAAGAAACGGCGCCUGCUCCACCGAAACAGUCGUGUUCAAGGAGUGACGAGUCGAAUAUUUUUAUAUUAGACGGUAACAACACGGAGACGACCACGACCGGGGGUUGUGCUACUACCGACGAACGACGCACAUCCACAUCCAACUAUUCGUCGAGGCAAAAGAUUGACUCCCUGGGAAAAAUCAGGCCACCCUUCCCUUGGUUUGGGAUGGACAUCGGUGGCACCCUGGUGAAGCUGGUCUACUUUGAGCCCAAAGAUAUCACAGCCGAGGAGGAGCAGGAGGAGGUAGAGAACCUAAAGAGCAUCCGGCGCUACCUGACCUCCAACAUAGCCUACGGUAAGACUGGGAUCAGAGAUGUUCACCUGGAGAUGAAGGACCUGGCGAUAUGCGGACGCACAGGGAACCUCCACUUCAUCCGCUUCCCCACCCAGGAUCUGCCGGCCUUCCUACAGAUGGCACGCAACAAACACUUCUCCAGCCUCCACACCACCCUCUGUGCCACCGGAGGGGGUGCGUACAAGUUUGAGUUCGACUUCCGCCAGAUGGCUGACCUCCAGCUGCUGAAGCUAGAUGAGCUGGACUGUCUGAUACGUGGUGUGCUCUACAUAGACUCAGUGGUGUCCAGUCCUUCAGAGUGUUACUACUAUGAGAACCCUACAGACCCUGAACACUGUGUCCAGAAACCCUUCACUCUGGAGAACCCUUACCCUCUGCUGCUGGUCAACAUCGGCUCUGGCGUCAGCAUUCUGGCCGUCUACUCCAAGAACAACUACAAACGAGUAACCGGGACCAGUCUGGGUGGAGGGACAUUCCUGGGGCUGUGCUGUUUACUGACAGGCUGCUCCAGCUUUGAGGAGGCUCUGGAGAUGGCGUCGCAGGGGGAGAGCACGCACGUGGAUAAGCUAGUACGGGACAUCUACGGGGGGGACUACGAGCGCUUCGGCCUCCCCGGCUGGGCUGUGGCCUCCAGUUUUGGGAACAUGGUGUGUAAAGAGAAGCGGGAGUCCAUUUCUAAAGAGGACCUAGCCAGAGCCACCCUGGUCUCCAUCACCAACAACAUUGGCUCCAUCACCAGGAUGGUUGCGCUCAACGAGAACAUUGAGAGGGUGGUGUUCGUAGGGAACUUCCUGAGGGUGAACACCCUGUCCAUGAAGCUGCUGGCCUACGCCAUGGAUUACUGGUCUAAAGGCCAGCUGAAAGCCCUGUUCCUCAGACACGAGGGCUACUUCGGAUCAGUCGGGGCUUUGCUGGAACUCCUGGAUCCAUCCUGAUUGCUACGGUGGCCCUGAAGGUCAAACUAGCACUUAAGACCCAAGGACUGCUCUCACCCAAAGCCAGACUCACUCAGACUGUUAAACCAAAGACCGUCCAUCCAGCAGGACCUUUACACUUUUAUCCUCCACACUCUAUUGGUGUGGUGUGCUUGCCUGUACAAGUAGCCAGGUAGGUAGGCUGUAUAGUAGACAAGUAGGUAGCCUGUACAAGUAGCCAGGUAGGUAUGCUGUAUAGUAGACAAGUAGGUAGCCUGUACAAGUAGCCAGGUAGGUAGGCUGUAUAGUAGACAAGUAGGUAGCCUGUAUAGUAGCCAGGUAGGUAGGCUGUACAAGUAGCCAGGUAGGUAGGCUGUAUAGUAGCCAGGUAGGUAGGCUGUACAAGUAGCCAGGUAGGUAGGCUGUAUAGUAGACAAGUAGGUAGCCUGUAUAGUAGCCAGGUAGGUAGGCUGUACAAGUAGCCAGGUAGGUAGGCUGUAUAGUAGCCAGGUAGGUAGGCUGUACAAGUAGCCAGGUAGGUAGGCUGUACAAGUAGCCAGGUAGGUAGGCUGUACAAGUAGCCAGGUAGGUAGCCUGUACAAGUAGCCAGGUAGGUAGGCUGUAUAGUAGACAAGUAGGUAGCCUGUAUAGUAGCCAGGUAGGUAGGCUGUACAAGUAGCCAGGUAGGUAGGCUGUAUAGUAGACAAGUAGGUAGGCUGUAUAGUAGACAAGUAGGUAUGCUGUAUAGUAGACAAGUAGGUAGCCUGUACAAGUAGACAAGUAGGUAGCCUGUACAAGUAGCCAGGUAGGUAGGCUGUACAAGUAGCCAGGUAGGUAGGCUGUACAAGUAGCCAGGUAGGUAGGCUGUAUAGUAGACAAGUAGGUAGCCUGUAUAGUAGCCAGGUAGGUAGGCUGUACAAGUAGCCAGGUAGGUAGGCUGUAUAGUAGACAAGUAGGUAGGCUGUAUAGUAGACAAGUAGGUAUGCUGUAUAGUAGACAAGUAGGUAGCCUGUACAAGUAGCCAGGUAGGUAGGCUGUAUAGUAGACAAGUAGGUAGGCUGUACAAGUAGCCAGGUAGGUAGGCUGUACAAGUAGCCAGGAAGGUAGGCUGUAUAGUAGACAAGUAGGUAUGCUGUAUAGUAGACAAGUAGGUAGCCUGUACAAGUAGCCAGGUAGGUAGGCUGUAUAGUAGACAAGUAGGUAGGCUGUAUAGUAGACAAGUAGGUAGCCAGGUAGGUAUGCUGUAUAGUAGACAAGUAGGUAGCCUGUACAAGUAGCCAGGUAGGUAGGCUGUAUAGUAGACAAGUAGGUAGGCUGUAUAGUAGACAAGUAGGUAGCCUGUACAAGUAGCCAGGUAGGUAGGCUGUAUAGUAGCCAGGUAGGUAGGCUGUAUAGUAGACAAGUAGGUAUGCUGUAUAGUAGACAAGUAGGUAGCCUGUACAAGUAGCCAGGUAGGUAGGCUGUAUAGUAGACAAGUAGGUAGGCUGUAUAGUAGACAAGUAGGUAGGCUGUACAAGUAGCCAGGUAGGUAGGCUGUAUAGUAGACAAGUAGCCAGGUAGGUAGGCUGUAUAGUAGACAAGUAGCCAGGUAGGUAGGCUAUACAAGUAGCCAGGUAGGUAGGCUGUAUAGUAGACAAGUAGGUAGGCUGUACAAGUAGCCAGGUAGGUAGGCUGUAUAAGUAGACAAGUAGCCAGGUAGGUAGGCUGUAUAGUAGACAAGUAGGUAGGCUAUACAAGUAGCCAGGUAGGUAGGCUGUAUAGUAGACAAGUAGCCAGGUAGGUAGGCUGUAUAGUAGACAAGUAGCCAGGUAGGUAGGCUGUAUAGUAGACAAGUAGCCUGGUCCGUCUGCAUACGUUUGACAGGUCUAUGAAUCCCACCAGGAACGACCACCACUGUUGCCUUAACUGCUGGAUAAUCACAUGUCUGUUUGACAUGUUUAAUAUAAUUGCUUGAUUGCUCUGUCGCCAUCAGCAGCCGAUGGCUCAGCUCUAGAUGUUGACCUCCAUCGAAGGGUCCAUGGCUGGGGCCCAAUGGGCAUUCUACUGGCACUCGCGUCAGGGUUCAUUCCAGCCAAUACAGGAAGUACAUUGACGUUCCGAUUCUCUUCGAUGCUUUUCAUUUAGGAAAAUGUGGAAUUUGGUUUACUUUCUGAAUUGACAGGAAUUGUAAUGGAAUUGAUCUCAACCCUGAUUUACUGUUACGUUAAAUUUAUUUUUAAUUUUUUACUAUUGUUUACUGUGACAUUUUUCAGCUCAGCUGCAAAGUAAUUGUUACAUAUUGAUGGAAGAGGUUUUGAUUGAUAUCUGAUAAUGGCAAAUGGAAUAUUUGUGGGUCUGUUUUGGACAUAAAUGUUAAGUUUUUCACCUAAAUGAACUGUUACCAACGAAUCUGACUCUUAUUCAACUUUAGAUGAUAGUUAAACAUUUAGUCUUUAUUCUGCCUUGAGACAAUCUCUCCUCUCUCUCUCCCUCUGUCUUGCUCUCUGUCUCUCUCUCUCUGUCUGUCUCUGUCUCGCUCUGUCUCUCGCUGUCUCUCUCUGUCCCUCUCUCGCUGUCUCUCUCUCUGUCUGUCUGUCUCUCUCUCUCCGUCUUGCUCUCUCUCUGUCACUCGCUCUCUCUGUCUCUCUCGCUGUUUCGCUCUGUCUUGCUCUCUGUCUGUCUUCUCCCCCCCAUACUAGUUUCAACUGUUGUCAUUAUUAGGCCUACUUGAACUACUUUUUAUUCAGAUCACUAUGCCAACAGGUACUCUUCCUGGAGUCCUUACACAUAACUAAAAAUGCAUUACAGUUUAAAUAAGACACGGUAGUAGACAACACAACACUUUCAGGGAUCUGGAUCUGCUGUAUUUGUGCAGUAUAGGGGUUUUAAAGGGGAGUCCUGGGUCGGACUCCCCUUUGCCUCCAGAACACACUGAAUUCUUUGAGGCAUGGAAACGUUGCUUAAUUGGUAUCAAGGGACCCUAACGUGUGGCAGGAAAACAUUAUCCACACCAUUACACCACCGCCACCAGCCUGUAAUCAUAUACAUGCUUUAGUCCUAUCCCAAAGGCAAGUAACGUACACAAGUUGGUUGUGUUCAGUCUCAUCAAAUCAGCUGUAUAUCUAUACUAGUGCUUCACGUUCAGCUAAAUAAAUUCUGUUAAGUGCCUGGUAUGUUGUAGUCUAGGAAAGGUAGAAAUACAGACAAUCGUAUGAAGACAUGCUUUUUUGAAAUCAGACCUGUCUUUGACUCCAUACACCAAGUUCUCUCUGUUAGUGAUGUACAAUAUACUUUUUAUUUUUUUAUUAUUACUAAAUAUUUGUAAUAAAUGUUGUCAUAUAAAUUAUUUGAAUAUCA